AUGCGCUUCCUCACCGGACUUCUCGCAUUUCCUGCCGUUGUCCUUGCGACCGGUCCUCCUGCUGACCAGAUCACAAUCAGCUCUGUGACGCACUCUGGCAAUGGCUGCCCCCAGGGAUCUGUCUCCAGCAUCUUCAAUAAUGACAAGACUAUCAUCACUCUCGGCUUCGACCAGUUCCAGACCUACAUCGGACCAGGAACCUCUAUCCAGGACCGCUCCAAGAACUGCCAGAUCCAUCUGAAUCUCAAGUACCCCUCAGGUUUUAGCUUUGCCGUCGUCGACAGCGUCUACCACGGCUUUGCCCUCCUUGAGUCUGGCGUCACCGGCGACUUCCUCUCCACCUACUACUUCAGCAGCGACGCCGCCAGCACCUGCACUACCCGCACCAGCAUUAAGGGUGGCGGUGUCUGGGCUGAUGGCCAAGUUUACACCCAGCAGGACUUUGUCCCCGCCACCAGUGUUAUCCGGUCUCCUUGCGGUGGAUCCUCUGACAUCCUCAACAUUAACAACCGUGUCGCGCUCUCCUCCACCAAGUCUUCUGCUUCUGGCAUGAUCUCCAACGAUGACGCAACUCUAGCACUGACACAACAAAUCAACAUCAAGUGGUACGAAUGCUAA